UAGUAAAUAAACCGGUCUCGUGAUCAAGAACAGGACUUUCAUUAUUCCACUAAUUUCUCUGAACCGUCCAAAAACCUUUUAUGGAAAUUCUAUCUCCUGCCUCAACAUGAUGCGAGGAAAAACUAUAGUAGUAACUGGGGCCAACAGUGGCAUAGGAAAAGCUACAACUGUUGAAAUGCUAAAGCAGCAGGGACGUGUUAUCAUGGCUUGUCGCGACCAAGUUAAAGCUGAGGAGGCUGUUCGGGAAAUCGUGAAGGAGGCCGGCGGUCAGGAUAACGGUGAAGUGUUGAUUAAACACCUGGAUCUUGCUUCUCUUAAAUCGGUGCAUACGUUCUGUGAAGAGAUCAUUAAGGAAGAGCCAAGGAUUGACGUGCUGAUUAACAAUGCUGGAAUAUACCAGUGUCCUUACACCAAGACAGAAGAUGGCUUUGAGAUGCAGUUUGGGGUGAAUCACCUGGGACACUUUCUUCUCACCCACCUCCUGCUGGAACUGCUGAAGCAGUCUGCCCCAAGCCGUAUCGUUGUGGUGUCCUCCAAACUCUACAAAUAUGGUGAGAUAAAUUUUGAAGAUCUAAACAGCGAGCAGAGCUAUGACAAGGCCUUUGCUUAUGGGCGCAGCAAGCUAGCCAAUCUUCUCUUCACUCAUGAGCUUGCACACCGUCUAGCCGAUACAGGGGUAACUGUCAAUGCCCUCACCCCAGGGAUUGUGAGGACAAACCUAGGGAGGCACAUCCAAAUUCCUCUGUUAGCCAAGCCACUCUUUAACCUGGCCUCAAGGGCCUUUUUCAAGAGUCCUCAGGAAGGAGCGCAAACAUCAGUGUACCUGGCCUGCUCCCCUGAUGUGGAAGGUGUCCAAGGGAAAUGCUUUGCCAACUGUCAGCCACAGGAGCUGUUGCCAAAGGCUACAGAUGAGGACAUUGCCAAGAAACUGUGGGACAUCAGUGAAGUUAUGGUCAGAAUAACAACAUGAAAUUCUCAUAAUGGUCUGCUCUUUAUCUUUUAUAUGUGUGUGUGUGUGCGCGUGUGUGUGUAUCUGCACAUUUGACAAUAUAGGGGAAGCACAUUGUGGUUUUACUCAGUGUCUGAUUGGUACACUAAUAGCCAGUUGGAGAGGGCCUAUAGACAACCAAGAGAAGAAUGCCUAUGAAAACACCAAAGAGUGCCUCUCACUAACACUGCUGUAACAACACAAUCAAUUUCAAAUAUUUAAUAACUUCCUAUGCAAGUGUUGUUUUGGAUUAGUUAUCUUAUAGAUAAUAAAUCAAGAUUGAUGAAAAAACCUGACUGAUAAUAUUUAACAAUAUCUCAAUUAACUUUAACAUUGAUUUGAAUUUGUAUCUGAGUGUUUGUGACUGACCUCACAUGUUGAUGAAGGCAGGUUAAUUGAAUUAAUAUCCUGUGUAUUGUGUUUAUUUUAUGAUAAUACUCAUUCUUAAUUAAACCAGUGAGUCCUAGUUAAUAUGGCAGAAUGAAGAGUAAUGAGGAAGACGCACUUCAUGUGUGUUCUGCUUAGUCAGUGUUGAUUUGUUCAGGUCACAUACCUUGGAUCUGAAUAUCAUAUCAUAAAUAAGCACAGUUAAAAAUGAAGCUGCUUAUUACUGGCCUCAUUUGCUGACUGAUUUUGGUAAAGCUGCUACAAACCAGUAUAUUUUCAAAGUUCACUUGGGCUCUAAUUGACCAUGCUGGUACUUGGUACUGUACCAUGGUUAUGCAUUCUUUUGCACAUACAGUGCAUACAGCUAUUAGUGGGGAAUGUUUUCCCUUUACAUUAACGGUAGAUUAAGUGUCCCUGUCGAAAUGGUAGCAACCUUCCCCAAUGCAUUUCUAAUGCUUUUACCACCUGCAACUGUCAUUAGUGCAUUUACUGGAUCAUUUAGAGAGAGCACUGACUAGCCAGAAAACAUUUAAGAUCCAAGAAAGGCCGAAUUAAUCUGAUCCAGCCUUGCCACAGAAUAAGGGAGGUCUCGGUGCAUUCACUGUGGAAGCCAAAGCCUGUUUGUUUUACAAAUAAAGAAAAUGACUGAAAUUAGGAGAGUUAAGGCCUCUAAUGAUGCGUUCCGCAAUGAUGCCACAUCAGCGGUGGUAUUCUCUGCCAAAAUGCUACGAUUACUUAUCGUGUGAGCUUUCAGGAAGGUAGACAACCACCAUCAACAAACAGGGCCAGUCUGUUUCCAUUUGAAACCGAGAAGCUCCUUUUUCAUUCAUUGCUUUUUCCUGUCGGCUUUUGUCACGAAGGUUCUUCAGGCUUUACACAGCUUUCAUUCCAGCUUGAGAUUGGUAUUCUCCCAAAAAUGUACCCCCUCUGUGUGGCGAAGCAUAUUUACAAGGCAAGUGGCAGCUAGAUGUAGAGAGAGAGAGAGAGAGAGAGAGAGAGAGAGAUUGGCACAGUUAUAAUGUGUCAACUCAGAAAUAAUAGCUGCAAACAAAUAAUAACUAGACAAUUGUAAUAUAAUGACUUCAUCCAACAUGUCUAUCACUUUUAUGGUCGCCAUUACUCAGAUGUGUGUAACUUUUUUUUUUUACUUUUUUACAUUGAUAAAAAAAAAAAAAACGUUUAAUUUUGCCAUUUUUUAUAUGCCACUAGGAUUUUAAUUCUGUAUCCAUUCAGGUUUUUCCCCUCAAAACACCCAAUGUCAUAAUUCUUGUAAGGAUCACCGAUUUCAUUCUCUGAAUAUUUAGUUUCCCCCUCUGCUAGACAGCAUUAUUUUUUCUAAUUUGUGUGCUUAUGCUGGUUGUGGCCUCCAAGUAAAGCAAAGAACUCCCAUCAAGUUUAUCGUCCAGUGAGUUUGUUUUACAGUACAUGAGGAGAAGCAUGUGGAAAUUGGAGUGUCUGACGGAUUGGAGAAAGCCUUACAGGAGAUCGAGUUUUAUUGACCUAAAGCAACUUGCAAGGUGCUGCCAACAUGUCACCACUGUUAAUUCAUAUGUGCUUCAGUGGACUGACUCUCAACAGAUAGGUUUGUUUACUUGAUUUUCUCUGCAGUCAUGCAAGGAGGAUCAUUUUGACAUAUUUGAUGUGUUGCGUCAGGGUGAAAUGCUCUGGUCCAAAUGCAAACAAUGCCUGAGCCAUGCACAGAGGUGGAAGGUCCAGGAAUCGGCACAGAGAAAUGAAUAUUAACAGUAAACAGCUCUCUGUUGUGCUGUAUAGUGUGUUCAUUCAAUGGCAAAGAUGCAUUCUUCUGUAUGUUAUCAGGUAUUCUGAUUGAGAACACAUUGCAUUUUACAACAUUUUGGCUAAGAUGACUUUUGAGCAGAGGCCCUUUAACAUCCUUCCAAGAGGUAGCGUGCUAUAUUUUGACAUACUCUUCAAAACAAAACGGAUUUUUCUCAGGGUUUAAAGAAAUGUUUGGGUCCGUGGCAAGUAUAAGAAAACAUCCAGUCAUUAUUUUGGUCUAUAUUUUUUAGCGUCAUUCAAUUUUUAUGUGGCAUUCGCACAUGGAAGUGAUUUCUCUGAAUGAGAGGCUGAAUCAUUUUCAUGGGAAGUGUGCAGUUGCCAAGGUAUGGGAUUUGACUGGUCCCACAGUGUAACUGAUAAGUCGUGAUUUACGGGGCUGGUUUACACUAAAAGCGGCCUCUUACAGUUGCAGCGCUUGCAGUCACUGUUCAUUUUGGCCUGAGCACCCAGUGGAAUUAACACAGUUCACACAGUAGUAUGUUUACAAUCCUCAGAGGCUGACAAUGUGUAAAUUUUUCAUAGGUUAAGCUCCUUUUUAAACAAUGAAGUGGUUAAAGUUAGAUAUAUUUUUGAACCUAUUACAAUUGAUGUGACAUGUUAACAACAGAUUUUGGUCUUAUUAUUUGCCAACUGGUAUUGUCUGGUGUCUGAAAGCCUUCAAUAAAUCAAUUUAAAUCAAAUUUCCAUCUA